UUCUCCUUCUCUUCUAUUCAUUUCAAUAAUCAACCUUUCUAACUCCGGUGGCCGGUAAAUGGAUAUUCCGGCGACAGUGAGAAAUGUCAUUCUCUCUCUUCCUCACCGUCACGUCUUCCACGAAUGAACUCAUCUAGACGCAAUCAAUAACAAUUUUGCUGUGAUUUGAAGUCAUUCCAUUCUUCUUCAAUUGGAGGUGAUAAAACGAGCGGAUGAAGCUAAUUUUAUUAACUAACUGACUGAUUGAUUGAUUGAUUGUUCACGACGAGUUUGGUUGCUUGAUCGAUCUGAGUUUUAGAGAGAGUAAAAGAUGAAUUGAUGUUGAAUUUUUGUAUAGCUGUGAGUCUGUGACUAGCAAUCAGAAAAGAAUUCAUGAGCUGUGAGAAAAUGGAGCAGAAAUUGCAGGAGGUAUUAUAAUUAAGGAACUCUAGGAUAGGAUGCAUUUUCCGAUGAAGAUCCAACCUCUGGAUACGCAGGCUUUCAGAGAAUCAAUCCGGAAUGAAUCGUCCAAACCGGCGACGAAAUCGCGUCUCAGGAGGCUAUUUGAUAAGCAGUUCCCGAGUGUUCUACGAAAUUCUACGGCGGAGAAGCCUACGUUUGGCGAACUGAAAGACACGGCGGGUGUAACCGAGUUCGAACCAAGCUCUUUGUGCUUGGCGAAAAUGGUGCAGAAUUUCAUUGAGGAGAACGAGAAGCCAUCAGCGUCAACGAAAUGUAGCCGGAACCGUUGCAACUGUUUCAACGGAAACCGUAAUGAUAUCUCGGACGACGAGUUCGAGUUUACCGGUUGUCUCAACGAUUUGAAUCCAAAUACCGAUGCUCUUGAAAACCUAAAGAGUUUGAUGCUAUGUCCUGUAUCGGAGAGAAAUGUUCUAGCCGAUACUUGGAAGAUUGUCGAUAAGAACAAAGCUUGUAAACGGAAAGAUGAAUUGCGUAAUCUCGUAAAUGAAGGCUUAAUUCUUCUCGGCUACGAUUCUUCAAUCUGUAAAUCACGUUGGGAUAAAUCUCCCUCUUGUCCAGCCGGAGAAUACGAUUACAUAGAUGUUAUUACGGAAGGAGGUGAUAGACUGUUGAUAGACGUGGAUUUCAGAUCGGAAUUCGAGAUAGCACGAUCAACCGGAAGUUACAAAUCACUUCUUCAAUCUCUACCGAACAUCUUCGUCGGGAAAUCCGAUCGACUGGAUCAGAUCAUUUCCAUAGUUUCUGAGGCGGCGAGACAGAGUUUGAAGAAGAAAGGUAUGCACAUCCCUCCGUGGAGGAAACCGGAGUACAUGCGAGCUAAAUGGCUAUCUCCACACGCCAGAGCCGUGGCCGGCGCCAUCGCCGGCGCCGUAACUCCUCCGGCCGGUGAAGAAGAAUUGGAGCUGCAAUUCGGUUCCUUUUCCGGUGAGGAAGAGAAAGAGAAGAAGCAGUUAGUGCAGCUUACAUGGAAGCUUCCGGCGAUAAAUCUGAAGAAUUACGAAAGGGGAGGUGUUAAGAUUGUUCCUGGAUUGGCUUCUCUACUUACUGAGAGAUAAAGCCUGACAAAUUUUGGAGGGAGUAAUUGUAGUAUUUAAUUUGUAAGCUUUUUUUAAAGAUCGGAUCUUUGAUAAUAGACAUUCAUGUAUAGUCUAGCUCUGUUCUGUAAACAAAGUAUUAGGGUUUAGAAGGACGAGGAAGACGACGAUGGUGGCGGCGCGUGAUGGUGGCGGUGGCGCGUGGUGUGAGGAGCAGUAAACAGAAAGAGAGGAACAGUUGUUGAAUAGCGUGAUACUACUACCUCUCCUCUUUUUUACCGUCACCAAACUUUAUUUUUACUUUUAUUUAUUGUACAAUAAUAAAGUGAGUUUUUUUUUUUU